AUGAACAAUCCGUUUCUACCACCGCCAGAGAAACCACUCAGUGAAAUGACGCCCGAGGAGCAGGGCGAAGCAGGGGCACGUCAGAUCAUGGCAUUUGUGUCGUCGUGUCCUGGAAAGGCCCUUCUUGCCGGUGGGUCAGGGUUUGUGUUGGGUGGUGCCUUUGGGUUCUUUAUGGCGUCGAUGCAGUACGACUCGCCUGCCGGGCUUGGCAUGACAGGGUCUGCGGCUGCCAUUGCACAGGAACAGUACCUCAAGCUCCCGCUACGGGAGCAGAUGAAGAUCCAGUUCAGGGACGUGUGGAGCAGGACCAAGUCGAGUGCCCGGAACUUUGGGUACAUUGGUCUCAUCUUCUCCGGUGUGGAGUGCUGUAUUGAGGGCAUGAGGGGGAAAUCUGAUCUCUACAACGGAGCUGCUGCAGGAUGCAUAACGGGCGGUGGGUUGGCCAUCAAGAGUGGGCCGGAGGCCAUGUUGAUUGGAUGUGCUGGGUUUGCAGCCUUCUCCACGGCGAUUGACAUGUACAUGAGAAGUGAGAAUGGCGAACCACCAAAGAACGACUACAACGAUUAA